AUGGCCUGUCCGAUUCAUUUGAUGGAGAAAAAAGGACGAUCCGAGGGAAGAAAACAAACGAAACACGAGACACAAUCGACAUGUCCGCAGUGUGGCGUUCGACGAUCGAUGUCCGCCGUGCAAGAGGUGUACCAAGUGGUCACGCAUCGACCUAUGUGCUUUUGGACAUCAUCGGAUGUCGAUGAAUGGUUGCGGAGACGGCGGCCAAAGUUGGCGCUCAAAUACGCCCUCCAUCUCAUCCGACACAACAUCACUGGACGAGUGUUAGUGGAGAUGACCGAUGUCGAUCUGCAAGAAAUCGGAAUAAAUUCGUUUGAUGAGAGACAAGAUCUUUUAUUGGAAAUUCUUCGUGAGAAACUAGCCGGCGAUUUCGAUGAAAUGGACAAGUUGAGGACACAAAAU